UCCAUUAAACCUUGGUCUCAACAUUUACAAAUUUAAAAAAGUUUAAACUGUCACUUCAGUUUUGUCAUCACUUCAUUCACCAUUCAUUCUUUUUUUUUCUCGUAAAUGUUUAUAAGCGAUUUAAAUGUUUAAAAGGUGUUAUAAUUGAAAAUAAUUAUAUUUAUAACUAAAUAGUCCUUAAUAUUUCUUGUGAUUUAAGUAACUGCACCCAUUAGCAAUCAUGCGUUCUAGUUAAAAAGAAGUGUUGAUAAAAACGCAAUAUGUGGUCGUUUUUCUCGCGAGAUCCUACAAAGGAUUUUCCUUAUGAAGUGGGUGAUCCAGUGCGUGGUUUAGAAGAUAAGACUGUGUGGUCUUUGCACAAGGGAAAGAAGAGGGGUACGCAAGAUGAAGUAUCGAUAUUCCUGUUCGACGUACAAAAGAAUUCGGAGACGAUGUUCGACGUAGCAAAGGCCUCACUCAAGAAACUUAAGACUAUGAGACACCCUAGCCUUUUACAUUAUUUAGAUAGCUGUGAAACUGAGAAAUUUUUAUAUGUAGCUACAGAAUAUGUAGAGCCUUUAGCUACCCACAUAGAUGAUAUGAAACUUGAAGGCCAACAAAAAGACUUGUUCUUAGCUUGGGGAAUUUUCCAAAUUACUAGAGCACUAUCAUUUUUCAAUAAUGAUGGUAACAUGAGACACAACAAUGUCUGCUUGUAUUCUGUCUUUGUCACACAAGCCGGAGAGUGGAAGCUCGGAGGCUUUGAGUUCCUCACUUCGCAUGGACAGGACACUUCAAACCCUAUUCCUAUGAAAAUUCUACCGGCACUUGAAAUAUAUGAUCCUCCGGAGAAAAAGGAUCCGGCCAAACUGAAGGCAGUUACAAAAUGUUCAUCAGACAUGUGGGGCCUCGGUUGUCUUAUCUGGGAGGCUUUUAACGGCCCCCUCAAAACCCAGCCAGCCCUCAAGACGCUGGACUACAUUCCGAAGCAGCUGUGCACCCUGUAUUGUGAGCUAGUCAGUGCCAACCCUACAUCUCGGCCCAACCCUGCUGAUAUUAUUACGAGGUGUCGAAAAAUGGGUGGCUACUUCAAAAACGACCUUAUAGACACUAUGCUGUUUCUAGAAGAGAUCCAAAUUAAGGACAAGAUCGAAAAGGGUCGGUUCUUCUCCACGCUCAGCUCGUACUUGGACAGCUUUCCAGACGCUGUGUGUGUCCACAAGAUACUGCCCCAGUUGUUGACAUCAUUCCAUUAUGGGGACGCGGGGUCGGCGGUGUUGGCGCCCAUGUUCAAGCUAGGUAAACUGCUAGACGAGGAAUCGUACCAAAAGCAGAUCGUGCCGUGCGUAGUAAAAUUGUUUGUGUCAAAUGAUCGCACCACGCGGUCGCGGCUGCUUCAACAAUUAGACCAAUUCAUAAUGCAUCUGCAGAACUCCACGGUAAACGACCAAAUUUUCCCACAAGUGGUACACGGGUUCUUAGACACCAACCCCGUUAUACGCGAACAGACAGUCAAGUCCAUAGUGCACCUGGCUUCGAAACUUAACUACAAUAAUCUCAACGUUGAGGUGCUGAGGCACUUCGCGAGGCUCCAGUCUAAAGAUGACCAGGGCGGCAUAAGGACAAACACCACAGUGUGCCUAGGCAAGGUGGCGGCGCACUUGCACCCGCAGAUCCGACAGAAAGUUCUCGUGUCGGCGUUCGUCCGAGCCACCCGGGAUGCCUUCCCGCCCGCGCGGCAAGCCGGAGUGCUAGCGCUCGCGGCUACACAGCAGUACUUCCUGUUGGCUGAGGUGGCUAACAGAGUUCUGCCGGCGUUGUGUCCUUUGACUAACGAUCCAGAGAAACAGGUUCGCGACGCAGCGUUCAGAACUAUCAAGGGCUUCCUAGGCAAGUUAGAGAAGGUUUCAGAAGACCCAAGUCUGAAGGAAGGAAUGGAGGCGGAUGUCCACACGGCCACUCCAUCCCUCAGCAACGCGGCAGCGACGUGGGCGGGCUGGGCGGUGACCGCCGUCACGGCCAAGUUCUACCGCUCGCACUCCGACACGGCGCGCGCGCAGCACCCCAAGUCCGUGCUGUCCAAGCCGGGGUCUCUAGAGCAACCAUCAUCGUCAAGCAUGUCGACUACGACUUCGUCGGUAACAUCGAUGACGUCACUAGAGCACAGCGAGUCCGCGUCCGACUACGACCCCGACCACUGGGACAUGGCGGCGUGGGGCGAGAUCGACUCCAGCGCGGGCACGGGAGCGUCGGCCAAGUCCCCGGCGAGCAGCGGCAGCGCGGCCGCCGCGGCGCCGCUCCACGCGCUGUGCGAGGACGACUGGGACAACGGCGAGUGGGGCACGCUGCAGGAACAGCCCUCAGCAGAGGCGGAACUGGUGAGUCCCUCGGAAACGUGGAACAACUCCGCGUGGACGGAACCUGCCGUCAACAACGCUAACGCCACAUACGUGCGCCCAGCGCUGCAACACAAGGAGCACCGGCUCGCGGCCCAACAAAACAGUAACGAUUCGCUCGGCGGCUGGGAGGACGGAGAGUUUGAACCCAUUGAGGAGAAUGUUGAUGAAAACAACGCCGUGAAAAUGGACGAGAUGCGACGGAAGCGUGAAGAGCGCAAACUACAGCGUCAGAGAGAGAUGGAAGCUCGGCGCAGCGCGAGAGGGCAGGGGCCCAUGAAACUUGCUACAAAACUCACGGCGCCGCCACCGCCUUUCUAAAUACAAGUACGGUAACUAGUGAAUGCUCCCGGGACUGAUAUUGCAUCCCGGGAAUUACCGGUUCCGGGACUGAUUUUGUAUCUUAGAAAACCAGGACCGGGAGCACACCCUUGGUAACUGUCGAAAGCGUGAAUAGCGCAUACUAUAGCGACUGAGAGAGAUGGAAGCGCGGGGUCAGGCCCUAUCAAAAUUAUCAAAUUCGCUACCAAGCUCACGGCGCCGCCACAGCCCUUCUUGAUACAAGUAUACUGUGAACUUAGAAUUUUAAAAGUGGAAAAAUUCCUGUCUUGGCUGAGCCUUGAACUCACGGCCUCUGGAUAGCAUCUGGAUGGCUUAAUAGCAUCGUUAGCAGACGUUUCUGCUUGUUAAAAAUUAAAGUAUACUGUGGUUACCCUGUUUCAAAUAACCAAGCAGAGACCUAGGUACAGGUCGGUUAAGGAAAGCUGGCAUGAAUGGUAUGAAUAUUUUCAUUCACUCAUUCGUUCCAUUCGUGCCAGCUCUUGCGAAUCGACCUGUAGGAGUGUAGGUAUGCCAUUUUUAAUGUGAACAGAGUUGCGAACUUGCUUUUGACUGUGGUGCAGUUGAAGACUCUGACUUCCCACUCACAUGCUUUUGGCAACUGUAGUUGCCAGCUGUCACCCUUAUUUUAUCAUAAUAAUAGAGGUCACUGAAAAAUAUCAAUUAUGUGAGUGGAUAUGGCUGAUUUAGUCCCAAACUGAGCCACUAUAAGUUACUAUUUCUCUUACUAGACUAGAGAUUGAGAAGUGAGCUAGUAUUGAGAAGU